AUGGAGCAAAAUUGCUACAGGGUCUCCUUGGAGAGUGCUUCCAAAUACGAGAUCCAAUCCUGUUUGGUCAGCAGGCAAGUAGCUACUGCAAAGAAAGCCACUGUGCACCUCAGCCCUCCGUGGACCACUAUCUUCCAGGGAGAGAAAGUCAUUCUGACCUGCGAUGGAUUCAAUUCCUCCAAACCUAGAACACAGUGGUACAAAGAUGAACAAUGGCAAAAAAAAUGGUCCACAGAAAGCAUUGUGAUCCAACAGGCUGGAGCGUACAGAUGCCAGAACCAAGACUCAGACCUCAGUGACCCUGUGCACCUAGUAGUUUCUUCUGAUCAGCUGAUCCUGCAGACCCCAUAUUCUGUGUUUGAGGGAGACACAUUGACCCUAAAAUGUCGAGGACGACACAAUGAGAGAAUCCGAAAUAUUACAUACUACAAGGAUGGAAUGAUAUUAUCUUAUUUCCUUAAAAACUCUGUCUUCGUCAUCCCACAAGUUGGUUUAAGCCACAGUGCCCAGUAUCACUGCACAGGGAUUGCUGGUCAUUUGAAAAUAUUUUAUCAGAAAAUAAGUUCAAGAAAGGUAGAGCUCCAAAUCCAAGAACUGUUUUCACCCCCUGAGCUGAAAGCCACGACCUCCCAGCCCACAGAGGGGACCCCAGUAACCCUGAGCUGUGACACCCAGCUCUCUCCACGAAGGUCAGACACCAAGCUGCACUUCGCCUUCUUCAGAGAUGGCAGGGCCAUCACAGCAGACUGGAUGAGGUCCCAGGUGCUUCAGAUCCCAGCCAUCUGGAGGGAAGACUCAGGGUCAUACUCGUGUGAGGCCAAAGCAGUGACUCAGGAUAUUCGGAAACAGAGCAAACACGUGAAGAUCAGUGUGAAAAGAAUCCCCAUCUCUGGCAUCUUUAUGAAGAUUCAGCCCUCAGGGGGGCAGGUGACUGAAGGAGAGAAAGUGGUCCUCAUCUGCUCAGUGACUCAGGGCACAGGGAACAUCACAUUCUCCUGGCACAGGGAGGGCAUUAAUGCAAGUCUAGGAGAGAAGACUCGACAUUCUCUGGAGGAGAAGUUUGUGCUCUCUGCUGUGAAUAAGAGUGAUGCAGGGAAGUAUUACUGUACUGCUGACAACAACAUCAGCACCAUCAGCAGCCAAAUGGCAGAUGUCAUUGUAAGAAGAGAAGGCUACCGGUAUCGGAACGGGAAGUGGGAUGAAUUAUUGGAGAAGGGGCUGGCUGGUGGGAGAGCACUGAGGAAAAGCCCCAAGACCCACCGGAAAUAUUUCAGCUAUUUUUGUGGGACCCCGGCUCUGUCAAAACGGCAACAGCAGAGGGCAGCAUAA